AUGGUUGCUGUAAAGAAAAUGAAGUGUUCACGACAAGAUGAAAAGCAAUUCCGAGCAGAAAUCAGUUCUCUUGGCAACAUACAACACGCCAAUUUGGUCAGGCUACAAGGGUUUUGUGCAGAAGGAUCAAGACGGUUACUGGUUUAUGAUUACAUGCCCAAGGGUUCUCUGAAUUCUAUACUGUUCACCGGUAGUUCCAAAAGUAAACGGGAGGUAGUCGACUGGAAGACCCGAUUUGAGAUCGCACUAGGCACUGCAAGAGGGUUACUUUAUCUCCAUGAAGAAUGCCGAGAUCACAUCAUUCACUGCGAUGUUAAGCCGGAAAACAUUCUGCUGGAUGGUGAUUUGUCACCUAAAUUGGUCGAUUUUGGGCUGGCAAAGCUUGUGGGUAGAGAUUUUAGUCAUGUGCCGACCACUACAAGGGGAACGAGAGGAUACUUGGCUCCAGAGUGGAUCUCCGGUCUUCCCAUCACUCCCAAGGUUGACGUCUACAGUUUUGGUAUGACACUCUUGGAAAUCAUUUCGGGGCGAAGAAAUCUGGACUUAAAAGUGCAAGAUUCAAGUUUGUUUUACUUUCCCCCAUGGCCUGCAACUCAAAUUCAGCAGGGGAACACAAUGAACAUUGUGGAGGAGGGUGUUGCAGAGGAGGCAAACAUGGAAGAGAUGCUGGAAGGGAAGGUGGAGCCUCAAACUCCGCAGGUUAUGGACAGGCCAGUGGACCGAAGCGACACAAGCAGAAUCAACUAUAGCCAUGUUAGCAGUUAG